AUGAAGACCCGGGAUAGCGAAUACACGCAGCGCCUGGCACUGAGGCCUAGCGUGAAUUGCAGCCAAGUGCCUGGGAGAGAAGGCCGAUAUUCCGGUCCGCACUGGGGACACCUAACUAUCCACUACAAGGGAACCCCCCCCCCCGUUAACCAGCCGACAUCAUGGCGUUCUCAAAAUGGCCACCGUGGCACAACACAAACAACAAAGAGAGCAAAACUCACCCAGUCCUGGAGGGACAGUUUUGAAGCUAAACUAUUAAGCAGACCUCCAGCCUCUACUCCGCAUGGAGAAUCUGUCACUCGAGCCG